CGCUGUGGCGGCGCCCAGAGGAGAAACUCACCGAGGCGGACGCGCAGCGGCGGAGGCGACAGUGUCUGUCCCGAAGAGGAGGAAAUAUUCUCUCUGUCGCCGUGGAACCUACGGCCCCGUUCCUUUCACCCUGGAUACGGAACCCCUCGUCGGGUCAUAAGACAACGUCGAGUUACAAGGGCGGGAACCACACUGCGUGGCCACAAAGAUUGAUCACAGCACCGACACGAUUCCAGGUCCUCGGCAGCCACCAUGGAGAUUGUCACACAUUUAAUCAAUGACACCAUAGAAUUCUACAAAUGGACCCUAACCAUUGCAGACAAGCGGGUGCAGAAAUGGCCUCUGAUGGACAACCCCCUGCCCACACUGGCCAUCAGCACCUCCUACCUGCUCUUUCUCUGGCUGGGGCCCAAGUACAUGAAGAACAGAGAACCCUUCCAGCUCCGCAAAACCCUCGUCGUCUACAACUUCAGCAUGGUCUUCCUCAACUUCUUCAUCUUCAAAGAGCUGUUCAUGGCAGCGCGGGCCGCCAGCUACAGUUACAUUUGUCAAUCCGUGGACUACUCAGACGACCCCAAUGAAGUCAGGGUGGCCGGAGCUCUGUGGUGGUAUUUCAUCUCGAAAGGCAUCGAGUACCUGGACACGGUGUUCUUCAUCCUGAGGAAAAAGUUCAACCAGGUUACCUUCCUGCACGUCUACCACCACUGCACCAUGUUCACGCUCUGGUGGAUCGGCAUCAAAUGGGUGGCAGGAGGACAGUCGUUCUUCGGCGCGCACAUGAACGCAAUGAUCCAUGUCCUGAUGUAUCUGUAUUACGGCCUGGCCUCCUGCGGACCUAAGAUCCAAAAGUACCUGUGGUGGAAGAAGUAUUUGACCAUCAUCCAGAUGGUUCAGUUCCACGUCACCAUCGGCCACACGGCCUUGUCCCUCUACGUCAACUGUGACUUCCCCCACUGGAUGCACUACUCCCUCAUCUGCUACGCCAUCACCUUCAUCAUCCUCUUCGGCAACUUCUACUACCAGACCUACCGCCGCCAGCAGCCCAGGCGCGACGCCGCCUCCGCCUCCAAAGCGGGCAAGGCCCUCUCUAAUGGGGCCCCGAAUGGGCUCAGCAGGGCCGCCAACGGAGCAAUGGUGAUGGCGAGCAAAGAGGAAAAGCCCCAGGAGAACUCUGGGAGGAGGAAGCGGAAAGGAAGAGCUAAAAGGGAUUAGAGGAAGAGGAGUGUGAGGGGUUGAGGUGCAGGUAGGGCCUUUGCUUUGGGUUCUCGGUUUUGCUAGUGCUAAAACGUGAAAGACUUCAUUUGAGGAAGAUGUAGAUGAAUGGAUGUGUUAAAGUGUGACGUGUUUAUUUUAAGUCAUGAUCUGAGUGUUGUAGAUACAAUCUUGAGACAGGCCUGUGUUGAGAGAGGAUCAUUGUGUUAGUGAGAGGUGUCAAAGGUCGUGCCUAAACUGACCGUUAUCGCAAAUAACCCAAAAUACAGCAGUGUCUGGUGCGGGAGUAUUCCCUCUCUUUACUGUGGGGGUAGUUACUGUAGACGGGGCACACACACAGAGGGACUUUGGGCUUAAAAACUGAGCCUGGCAAGGAGACAUCAGAGUUGAGCAGGCGCACGUGGAAGGCUACGGUAGGAACGCCACAUUAAACACUCCUGAGCUGCUUGAAAAAGGUUGAUUUACCAUCAUUACGAGUGAUCACUGCUGUAAUGAGACAGGAAUACACAUCAGAACACGUGCAGAACCAUGUCAGUUGAUAUUUGAGCUUUUUUUUUGGAUUUUUGGCUCUUCACCUUUACUGAUAUAAAACUGAUGAUGACGAUGAUGUACAAUUUCAUGUCAUGUCCUCGUCUUAUUGAAGAUACUAUUCGUGUUACAUGAGAGACACCUGAGUUUACAGUACAUGUCCACUGACGCCCUCUGAAGUUGUCUUAUUUGUUCCUAUUUAUUUCAUAUUAUGGACUCUGUUUUCCCCCCAGCUUUCAUCCAUUAGCACACAGUUACGUUUUAAAGAAUAAUAAAUCAAUAUCCAGAGGUAAGAUGUACAUAGAAAAAGAAAAAAGAUAGAUUUCUAACCCGUUGGGACUGUUGUGAGAUGAAAUAAUCCUCAACUCUAGCUCAUAGUAGGUUGAAAUUUAGAUUUUCUAUUUCUGUAUACAACCCGUUUUAUAUAGCUCUACUUGUAUGUAAUGUCAUGAAAUAUAAUGAAUAUUAUCCAGAGAGAAAAAAAACGAAUGAAUGAUUAUCUCAGUGUUUCCCACUUUUGAAAGAGAAGCAGUUGGAGCUUUGUCUUUGCAGAUAAAUAUAUGUCUUUUUAUAUUCUCUCUGACGUAGUCGUUUGUCUUACGCGCUUGGUGAAAAUGUCGUGUGCCGAACAAAGAAGUGACCUGGGUUCCCCCUUUGCAGAGAACAAGCUUACAGUCACUUUUGGCAAAUUUUUCUCCCAACAUUCAAUCAAAUAUCCUUUUUGUGUUCUAUGUUUCCAGGACUCAAUCCAUAUCCUGAGCUGGCUUGAAUGUAAAUUAAUCAGGGGAAAAAUUAUUUGGAUUUAAAUAGAUCAAGUUAAGGUUUCAUUACAAAAAGAACUGGUCAACCUCUAUAGUGACUGUGUAUUAUAUACCAAUAUGAAUAAUAACGUUGCUCUGUCUGUAGUAUAUAGAGUAUAAAUCAGUGGUCGGCUCUAUAUCUGCAAAUCCAGCUUAUGUCAUCCAUCAGCCAAUGCAUUUUAAUGUUAUUUAUCAGUUUGUUCUAUUUAUUUUCAUGUAAAUACCAAAUUCCAUCUAGCUGAGAGCGCUCGUCUGUGUAUUUGUGUUCUUCUUUUUGUGUUGUACAUAUUACAUUGUGACAUUUUGUACACUGUGCAUUUGGGAAUCUUCCCAUUGUGUUAACUUGGACAUUUCUAUGCCGACAUUGCUUCUCUGUGUGUUUUUUUCCCCAUAACUUUGAAAACUCUCUUCAAAUUAAAUUAAACUGUAUGCCUGUACAAAUGUUGGCUUCCCCUUUUCACUUCACAAUGCAGUAAAUGUCAUGGUUCCUUGACAAGGAUAUAAAUUAUUUUACAUUC